AUGACCACGCCACUCACUGUCGUGGCUCACAACGCUCCGACCACUCCCGCCACGUCAGACUUACUCACUCAGCUCCAAUCGUCGAGCCCUUCUCCAACCUCACCCUCUACUCCAGUCUCACGCACUCCGUCGAGUGAUCACAUGCUCCCCACAUUGAGCUUCCCUACGAUCAUGCCCUCGCCGCCGGGCCCUUCUCCGGUCCCUUCGACCUCUCCCCCGUCACCUCACUCGCCCUGUCAAGGUUUCUCAGGCCCCUCUAUCUUGAAUGUUCCCUCGCUCAAGGUGUUUGUGCCUGUCCCCCUGGACAUAAUCCAUGACAUCUCUAUAAUACUACACGAUGACACACUGUUUGUCAUGUGUUUCCCUUCAUCCGGUGCUCAUGACACAACCUCCGCCAUUCCCUGCCACCUGGUGAAAUGUGUUACCCUCUCGCACGAUGUCGACCUGGACAUGCUUCGUGUGUUUGCCACACCCACCGGAGACAUCGUCAUUGUCGCUCCAUUCCUCCCACAAACCGCCGGCCUACCUGUCGCCACACGACCAGCACGCCCAGUACGACUUCCAGGUUUGGUGGCCGGACCUUCCUUCACGACAUCUACCCACACAGCUCCCCGGCGAUGCUGUCGAGCUGAUCGUGGUCCGGCUCCCGCGGACCACCCCCCCCUGCCGACGCCUUAG